CUGUUGAGACAUAGCUUCGUGGUUUUCAUCUUCAACAUCUUGACUGCAAUGGCAGCCAUGCUCUCGCUCUCUCCUAAUCCUCCUAUCGCAACUUUUCCCUCUCUUCGUUCCACUUUCAAGGGAAAUCAGAGGAAUUUAAAGCCAAACCCUUUUCACAUUAUUCAUAUCAGGACUAAUCAGCGAGAGGUAGGAGAAGCACAAAAGGGGACACGGUCUUUAGUUGUCGUGAACCAAGCAGCGAAGACCCAAGUGUCGGUUACAGGUUCUAAUGUUCGGUUUCGGUUGGACAACCUUGGACCUCAGCCUGGGUCUAGAAAGAAAGCGAAGAGAAAGGGGAGAGGAAUAUCGGCCGGACAAGGCGGCAGCUGUGGGUUUGGAAUGAGGGGUCAGAAAUCACGGUCUGGACCGGGCGUUCGAAAGGGAUUCGAGGGCGGCCAAAUGCCACUUUAUAGGCGUAUCCCCAAAUUGAGAGGAAUUGCCGGAGGUAUGCAUGCGGGAUUACCUAAAUACAUUCCUGUUAACUUAAAAGACAUCGAAACGGCCGGAUUUCAAGAUGGAGAUGAGGUGUCGUUGGAGACUUUAAAGGAGAAGGGUUUGAUAAAUCCAUCAGGAAGAGACAGGAAACUUCCUUUAAAGAUUCUUGGCGAGGGAGAGCUGAAAGUAAAACUGAACAUGAAGGCCCGAGCCUUUUCAGCAUCCGCAAAGGAAAAGCUUGAGGCCGCCGGUUGUUCUCUCACCGUGCUGCCAGGGCGAAAGAAGUGGGUUAAGCCAUCGGUUGCAAAGAACCUUGCUCGUGCCGAGGAAUACUUUUCCAAGAAGAGGGCUGCAUCAUCAGCCUCGUCCGAAUCCGCCUCCGAGUGAAUGACAUGUAAUUUGAACUGCUCUGUUUUGAUAAAAUGUUGAGAGCUGUGAAGAAAACUGCAUUAUAUUC